AUGAAUAAGACCACACCCUCGCCAAGCCCCGUCCCCAAAGCUUCACCAGGCUCGAAACCAUCUCCCUCGCCGACCGCAGGCACAAAGCGCAAGAGAAAUUCCCCGGCCAAAUAUUAUGCCGUCAAGGCGGGUCACAAACCGGGUAUCUACUAUGGGUGGAAUGACUGUCUGGCUCAAAUAACGGGAUUCAAGGGAGCAAUUUUCCAAUCGUUUCCCUCACAAGAAGCAGCCAACGCGUUUCUGAACGGUACCAAGCUCCCAGCCGAAUCGCAGAGCUCAGAGAACACACGAUUCUAUGGAAUCCAAAGGGGCCGGGUUACUGGAGUAUACACAGACUGGACAACGGCACAGGAGCAGAUUCGUGGGUUUCCGCGACCUCGAUAUCGCAAGUUCUCCACCCGCGAAGAGGCAGAGGAUUUUGUACGGGAAGGACAGACCCAGCCCCCCGUCGGGUUCGGCGUGGCAACUGGGCCUUCUGGGCCUCAUGGGAUAACGAUAGAGAAACCAAAAGACGCAGAAGGGGUCGAGUUUGCGCCAGGUGAUGGCCCAUUGCCGACAGGAGCUGAGGAUGGGUUUGACCCCAACGUCCUCUUAGACCCAGCCACUGGCAAGGUGGUGUACAAGACCGCCCCCCAAAUGGCAGCGACAAAAACACAAUCAACAGGUAUCCCAGGGAUGCUCCGGAUAUACACCGAUGGGAGUUCAUUACGGAAUGGUACCCCAUUAGCAUCGGCCGGGGUAGGGGUAUACUUCGGGCCUGGCGAUUCAAGCAGAAACGUAUCGGAGCCACUAAAAGGCAGUCGUCAAACGAACCAGCGCGCUGAAUUGACCGCGAUCCUUCGGGCGAUUGAUAUUGCCCCCCGGCACCGAGAUGUAACCAUAAUCACCGACAGCCGAUAUUCGAUUGACUGUGUUACCGUAUGGUUUAUUAACUGGCGUCGUAACAAUUGGAUGACCCGGGACAAGAAGCCGGUUGAGAACAAGGAUCUGGUUGAGUCGAUUCUGAUCAAAAUCGAGGAACGCAAUGACCUUAAGGUGAAGACCUUGUUUGAAUGGGUUAAAGGUCAUAAUAAAGACCCCGGCAACGAAGAGGCCGAUAAAUUAGCCGUCAAUGGAGCCCAAAGGGGGGUGUCUGCUAAGACAGAUGCACUGCAUGUGGCCCAAGAGGUGCCUGAUGAAUUGUUUGAUGAAGAUUUUUAG